AUGAUGAACCAUGGGCUGCCCCAGAUAGUCGACAACCGACACUCGUUGACGGAUGAUAUACGAAAGAUUGAUAAAGUGCAGGUCGAAGAACUCACACGACUAUGGAAGGUGUAUACGACAAAUAAAAACAUCAUCGCAACUGGUCGGCGACUGGAAAACCUCUUCUGGAGAAUAUGGGGCUCCACCCGGAUUCAGGAAAACAUCUCUGGAAAUACUGUUGCAAAGAUCUUUUUGAUGAUAGACCAAGGUGAAGAAGCAAUCGCGAAUAGUGCUUAUAAGAUCCCACCGCCAUCGAAAUCGGUUAUUAAACAGGUCCCCGUUGAUAUAUCCGUUCCGCCUACUCCGCCACCCAGUCCCUAUUCAAGGUUAUCACCAUCCAACAAUGUUCUAUACCAGCCCUCCCAGACAGCCCUCAGUGCUUCGUUAUUACAGGCGUACCCGAACACUCCACCAUCGCCAGCAAUGCCACCGAAAGUUCCGCCACCUUCACCCGCAGUACUCCCCGAGGCACCUAUCCGACCAGCGUUGACCAGAGGCCAUCAGUCAUACCCGUUAACAACAAACAACGCUCAGGUUCAAAUCGGUCGUGAAAUCGUAUCCACCAGGCCAAAAAACGGCACAACGGCUCGCGGUAUAAAACACAAGGGAAUCUUACGGAAAGGAAAACAGGAUAAAAAACGAGGACUUCGCCCUGCGGCUCCCAGCCGAACGACUUCGAACUCUUCGAAUGCUACGGCAUCCAGCGGGAGAUCAACACCAGUUACAGCUACAACCGAAAUCACGAAUCUCCAGGACGCCGCUUCGCAAAGCGGAAAGGACACUGACUAUAGUUCAACAAGCGUACGAUCCGGAGCAAGCUCUAGAAAAUCGAGCGAGGUGGGUUCAACAAAGAGUAAGGAGGACUGGUUAGUGGAGCCCGAUUUCAGAGCAAAGUAUCUCGAGCAACGGAAGAAGGACAGGUUAUCAGCCAUUGCCGGGAACCCUAUCGUCAAAGGACCCUUGAAAACAAAUGCAACUAUUGCUACAGCUUCUAUGACGGCUGUUGCUAUACCUCGAACGAAACGUGGAGGACGAGGCAGGAGCAUUCUAGUUGUGGACUCCGUUGUCCCACUUAAGUCCGCCGGCGAUGAGGGCACACCAGGACCAGCUGUACCCGUGGUCGAAAGCGCAUUCCUACCCAUCUCCGAGGUCCUUCCCAGUAUCGUCGAGAAAGAAGCUUUCGAACGACCGGUGUUUCAAAGGACAAAGUCUCAAUUAUCUUUGAUGAUCGAACAAUCUAAGAGGAACCCUGACAGCGAGACAUCGACCCAGACUAAUACUCCGCAGGCGUCUUCUUCCAAAAGGAUUAGUCCGCCUCCAGAGGUCAUUUUGGAGGAGAAUGUCCAACUAGAUGAAGGUUUUGAGACUGAGGAAGGUGAACAGGAGGAUGAGGGUGUGGAAAUGAAACAGAAGCUCCCGAAGAAGACGGCAAAAUCUAGACGACCAAAAGUGCGCACUAGGAAAUCGUAA